AGCUCAGUGGACAUGUCUAUCAGGUUCCUCUUGAUGUGUGUCGGAACAUUCAUGUGAGGACACCAUUAUCAGGGAAUCUUACCAAGCAGCAGUUAUUUGAAGACACAAGAGUGUGGGACUCCUGAAGGAUUCUGCAAUUUUCAGGGGUCAAACUGGAUGAUUGCUUAAAAUGGCAUACACAAAGGUGAAACUGUUUAUCUUCCUCAUCAUUUUUAGUGUUCUAACUGGCAUCUUGAUUUCAAAAUGGAAACAUAUUCUUGGCCAGACUGAUGUUUACAUUGCUGGAAAUCUAUAUGCAGACACACUAUCACCAAAAAACAAUAAUUCGGAUGUACACAAUAUUCCAAAAUCUAUAAAUUCUAUAAUCCCUAUUAAAAACACAAGCCAUUUUGCAGUGUCUGCAUUCUUUGAUCACAGGCUCAAUAAAACUAUAAGAGUUAUCAGCAUAAUCAAAAGAAACAGUACACAGCCACUUUAUUGCAUUUUCUGCAACAAUGAUCAAGACUGCGAGUUUACUGCGGCUGAAAUUGAGAUACACACAGAUCAUUUUGGCUUCCCAUUUGGUGCUUCAGAUGUGCUGUGCCAGGGCAAACACACCCAGUAUGCAACCCACAUUGCCAUUUCAGCUGAUGAACACACAGACAUUAAUAACCUAGACUUCCUGCCAGUAAAGAACAGAGUGAAUGAAAACUCAUUCAAGUACAAUUUCACCAUCUGUAUAUCCAACCUUUUUGGGAACUACAAUAAUGUUCUGCAGUUUGCUCAAACUAUGGAGAUGUACAAGCUUCUUGGUGUACAACGAGUUGUAAUCUACAACACCGGCUGUGGUCCUGACUUGGAGAAGCUCCUACAGCACUAUGAGAAAGCAGGAUUUCUAGAGAUUGUGCCAUGGCCUAUUGACCAGUUCCUUAAGCCAUCUGCAGGAUGGAAUAUUAAAAUUCAUAAAGGGGACAUCCAGUACUAUGGCCAGUUGGUAACACUCAAUGAGUGCAUUUACAGACACAUGUAUCAGUCCAAAUAUGUCCUGUUGAAUGACAUUGAUGAGAUCAUCAUGCCUUAUAAAUAUGCUAACCUUGCAUUAUUGAUGGAGGCUCUGCAACAGGAGCAUAAAGAGGUGACUGUAUUUCUCAUAGAGAACCACAUUUUCCCCAAGACUCAGUUUGAAGAAACUGGUAAGUUUCACCGGCCAGAAUGGAAAAGUAUUCCUGGUAUCAAUAUCAUGGAACACAUUUACAGAGAACCAGAAAGGAAAAACAUCUACAACCCCACAAAGAUGAUCAUUAACCCUAGGAAUGUGAUACAAACCUCAGUGCAUUCUAGCCUGAAACACAUUGGACGGGUCUAUAAAGUUCCUUUCGAUGUGUGUCGGAUUGUUCAUGUGAGAAAACCAUUACAAAGAAGUCUUACCAAGGAGCAGUUAUUUGUUGACACACGAGUGUGGGAUUUUGAGCAAGAACUGAUACCAAAUGUGAAUAGAACCCUACAGUUAUCUGGUUUGUUGAAAAGUCAAGAGUAAUGCUUUUUUGUUGCACAUUCAUACAGUUAUCUAAUUAGUCAAUAAAAUCUAGGUACAUCAAAUAACAGAAUGAGGAAAAAUGUGAGAUCUCUGUGACAAUGAGCAUGGCACAGGUAUUGGUAAAAAAUUGGCUAGUAUUUCAGAAACUGCUCCUGAACUUUUCAUACACAAUAGUCUCAGACUCCACAGAUAACCACACUCACUGGACAUCUUUGUGUGCAUACUGCACUGACACUUUACAUACCGUAUUAUUUAUUGUCAUUACAUUUAUAUUUAUAUUUGACUUUUUCU